AUGUCGAACAACAACGCCUCCUCUCCGUCCUCUAGGACCCCAAGGACGGGGGCCGCCGCGGGCGCUCCGGGCCUCCGCGCGGGCUGCGGGAGUGCGCUGCGCCCCUCGCUCCGGCGCAGCGUCCUCUUCGCGGCGCUCCUCUCUCUCGGCGCGUGCCUCUGCGCGAAUCUUUCUCCGGUUGAAGCCCUGCGUCUGCAGACACAGGGCGCGGUCGACAGCCGGGUGCUCAUCGCCACGCGGGACGCCGAGCGCGCCCGUGCGCCCGCGCUGAGGGUGGCCUCCGCCGCCGCGCAGAACACGGAAAGCAGCUUUGCUCAGGAUGAGGAAGGCCUCUCUGCGAAGGGGAAAGCCGUGUUCAUCCUCAUCUUGGUGACCGUGAGCGUCAUUGCCGUUGGCUUCAUCGCGGUCGUCGUGUACUUCCUUAUGCAAAUGAAAGCGAAGGCGAAGCUCCGCGCCGCAUUAAACGCGGAGAACAUUCCCGGCCUGUUCAGCGAAGACGAGGUAUCUGGUGAUGACACCCAGAGAGAAACUCGCAAGUCCCGCGUGGGAGUGGAUACAAGGUCCGAAAACGGGGGCAAUGGGGACCGCGAGCGCGACGAUGAUGAUGCCACGGAGGCCGGCGAGGACAAGCGAUUGGUUCGCAAGCUCGCUGACAUCAAAGAGGAAUCCGAGGACUCUGCGUCCUUGCCGUCGCUACGUGUUCCCGUCGGCAACAACGACGACCCCGGACUUCCUACUACGAGCAACGAGCCUCCUGUUGUCCCUGACGGCGCUUACUAG